UCGGCCGGGGGGCGGAGGAGAGAACCACUGAGAUGCGGAGACCUCCCCGGUCCUAGAGCGGAGCAGGAAGUGUCCCAGGGGAGGGAGCCGGAGGGCUUCGGCCUUUCCUUUCCUCAGCGUCCGGCGGGCUCCGGAGGCGGUCAGGCCUGUACUGCCCGCCAACUGGGACUCGGAGAGGAGGCGCCUGCAUUUGAUCCCACUUCUUCCCUCUUAAGCGGAGCCGUGGUUUUCUGGAUGAGCAGGAGACGGGGUCUCGGCUAGCCAGGGACAGAGUGGCCCUCGCAGAGAACCCGCCUCAGGAAGGACACCCGGGAGACCGGGCUGGAAGGAUGAGGAGCUGCCGCCGUAGACUUCCGCCGCAGGAGAGCUUUGAGGUAGACGCUGAGAAGGAGUUCCAUGCUGUGAGCUCAUUUUGUAAAGGUCUCAAGGGCAAGGACGGUGACUUUGACUCUGAAGCCUCAAGAUAGCGGCCUUCUCAGCUCGUCCAUUUCAGGUCCCUUCCAGGAGGACCUGGCCAUCGAAGGGUCGUCUUCUGCUGCUGACCCCCAUCAAAUCCCAUCAUGCCCACAGCCCUGUGCCCCCGAGUCUUGGCUCCAAAGGAAAGUGAGGAGCCGAGGAAAAUGAGGAGCCCACCGGGAGAGAACCCUUCCUCCCAGGGUGAGCUUCCCAGUCCCGAGUCCUCCCGCCGCCUCUUCCGACGCUUCUGCUACCAGGAGGCUGCAGGCCCCCGGGAGGCCCUACACCGCCUCUGGGACCUGUGCCGGGGCUGGCUGCGACCUGAAAGGCACACCAAGGAGCAAAUCCUGGAGCUGCUGGUGCUGGAACAGUUCUUGGCCAUCCUGCCCCGGGAGGUCCAGGGCUGGGUGCGGGCCCAGGAACCUGAGAGUGGUGAUCAGGCUGUGUCCGCUGUGGAGGCCCUGGAACGAGAGCCGGGGAGACCCUGGCAAUGGCUCAAGCACUGUGAAGACCCUGUGGUGAUUGACGAUGGGGACAGCCCUCCAGACCAAGAGCAAGAGCAGCUGCCAGCAGAGCCCCACAGUGACCUUGCAAAGAGCCAGGAUGCCCAGCCCGUAGCUCUGGCUCAGAGCCCUGGGCUUCCAAGCAGGCUCUCAGGCCAGCUCAGCGGGGACCCAGUUCUGCAAGACACUUCCAUUCUUCAGGAAGCGAGUUUGAGGGACGCACAGCAGGUGACUACCUUCCAGCUACCCCCGAACCGGGUUUCUCCUUUCAAGGAUAUGAUCUUCUGCUUCUCAGAAGAGGACUGGUCCCUUCUAGACCCUGCCCAGACUGGCUUCUACGGAGAGUUCAUCAUUGGAGAAGACUGUGGGGUCUCACUGCCUGCAAAUGAUGCAGCUGCCCAGCUGGAUCUCUCCCAGGGAGAAGAGAAUGAGCCACGUGUUCCAGAGUUGCAGGACUUCCAGGGGAAGGACAUGUCCCAGGUCUCCUACUUGGACUUUCCAAGUCUCCAGCCAAUCCAGGUAGAAGAAAGAAGAAAGCGGGAUGAGCUGCAGGUGCCAGAGUUCCAGACAAGCCAGCAGACAGUGCUCCCUCAAAGCACCUGCCCAGUGGGAGGUGAUGCGCCAUUCCCUGAGAACAGCCUGGAUGAGGAGGUGACGAUCGAGAUUGUGCUGUCCAGCUCCGGAGAUGAGGAUUCCCAACUCGGCCCCUACUGCACAGACGAGCCGCGGAGCCCCACGGAGAAGCAGCCCAGCCUCCCCACCUCCCACCGGAGCGGCAUUGAGGCAGCGGGUGAGGUGCAGACCUCCUCUAAAAAGUCCUACGUGUGCCCUAACUGUGGCAAAAUUUUCCGCUGGAGGGUCAACUUCAUCCGACACCUGCGGAGCCGCAGGGAGCAGGAGAAGCCACAUGAGUGCUCGGUGUGUGGGGAGCUGUUCAGUGAUAGCGAGGACCUAGAUGGGCACCUGGAGACCCAUGAGGUCCAGAAACCGUUUAGGUGCGGUGCUUGUGGGAAGAGCUUCCGCCUCAACUCCCACCUGCUCUCACACAGGCGGAUACACUUGCAGCCAGACGGACUCGAGUUAGUGAAGAAGAGAGAACAGGAGGCGUCAGGGACCACGGGUGGGGAUUCUGACGACCCGCUGACAAAGGGCAAGGCCAAGCUACGCUGCCAGUGCUGCGAUUGCGGGAAGGUGUUCCAGCGGCCUGAGCACCUGGCCCGGCACCGCAGUAACAUUCACAUGGACAAGUCCCGGCCCUUUCAGUGCAGGUACUGCGUCAAAAGCUUUUCCCAGAACUCUGACCUCCUCCGCCACCAGCGCCUACACAUGAAGCGCCGGUCCAAGCAGGCUCUGAACUCUUACUGAGCCGGGGGCUUAGCACAUAUUUUUUGCGAGCAGCUCCAGCGUGGGUGGAGUGUAUCCCACUUGUGCUUGGCACUGCCCAGUUUCAGACUCCUCCCCAGGACAGAGACCACGUCCUCCUGACCUUUAACUCUCAGGUAGAAACGAGAUAGUGGCCAGUUAAGUAUUUGCUCCAGGAGAGUGUGUCAGCACCAGCUUUGACUUGCCCGGUGUUUCGGGUCUAAGAGAACCCUGUUCAGGGUUUCCCACGUGGUGGAGGGACUAGGGUGCCCCCUACCACAGGGAACCUUUGAGGGGUCUGUUCCUUGCCAACUUGCAGUACACUCCCUUCCCGCCCCAUCUGAAUUCCUACCCAAUCCUGAAGUCUGGAGGUAAUUUCUCCCUACCUGAUAGCAGGAAGCUGCAGGUGGGGUGAUGGGUUAGGAGGAAGGUGGGGCUGGACCUCUUGGCACAAGGGCAGCAGGGCCAAGCACACCAAGCCAUGUCCCGUCAUCAGAAGUCUGUGUCCCAGGCACCAUCUGGUCCAUGAGAACACCUCAGAAUUAUCAGAUGGCCCUUCCAGGCUCAGAAGCCUUUGUGGGAGACUAUAGCUUGCCAAAAGGGAACUCUUUCUUUUAUGGUGGUGACUGGUUAUUGGGAAUUGUGAGCUCAUUCAAGGCAAAACCCACAUUAAGCCCACAUUUUAAUUUGUUUCUUGGCACACACUACAAAGAAAGUGUCCUUUCUUUGUACCCUGAAGGUCCUUGGUAUACUUGGCUGUGGGAUAGAAGUGACAGCAUCAUCAUUUGAAAGGCGCUUAACUUUCCCUUCCCCAUUGUAUCAUGUCUAGGAAAGGAGAGCUCAGGUCCCGUAAAGGAGAGCUCAGGUCCCAUGAAUGAGAAGUUGUUUUGUCUGGAUGAGCUGAGCAGGAGAAACAGAACCUUUGAUGAAGUCAUUCUAUAUAUAUAUAUAAACUUCAUGUGCCAGUUGUAUUAAUUCCUUAAGGCUGCUGUAACAAAUUACCAAAAGCUGGGUGGCUCAGAACAACAGAAAUUCAUCAUCUCAGUUCUGGAGGCCUGGAAUCCAAGAUUAAGGUGUCAGCAAGGUUGGAUUCUUGUAAAGGAAGGAUCUGUUCCUUGCCUCUCCUUUAGCUUCAGUGAUUGCUGACAAUUGUUGAUGUUCUUUGUCUUGUCGAAGCAUCACCCCACCUCCUCCUUGUCUUUACAUGGUGUUCCUGUGUAUGUGUCUGUCUCUAAAUUUCCCCUUUUUAUAAAGAUAGCAGUCAUAUGGAGUAGGGCCUGCCCUAUUGAUUCCAGACUGUUCUCAUCUUAAUUAUAUCUGCAAUGACCUUAUUUCCAAAUAAGGUCACAUUCUGAGGUACUGGGGUUAGGACUUCAAUAUGAAUUGGGGGGAUGGGAAGACAAUUUAACCCACAACACUAGAUAAUCCUGAGGUUCUGCUGAUAUUUCUCGUUCUUAGAUGAAUUAGUGCAAAGUUGAUUUAGCUUACUCUGAGUUCCAUUGGAAGCAGAACUCAGAUUCAAGCUUCUGUUCCCAGGGUGGGGGAUCCUCUGCAGGAUACCCUUUAAAGUUCAUCACCUGGGGUUCUGGACUGGGAGUGACACUGGUAGUGAAGCCUCAAGCAAUGAAAACCAUCGUCUUGAUCCUGAAAGACUGGUCAGAUUGGCUCAGCUCAGUGAUGAAAAAGCAUGGAAGCUGUGGUAUAUUGGUGGCUGAGUCAGAAAGCCGGCCACCAGGCCUGUGUUUUAUAUUUAUAUGUCAGGUCCCAUUAGCAGACAGUAAGGCCGGGCAAAUGAAUGCAAGACCCUUUGCUCUUUGUCACUUCAUUAUCACAUCAAGAGGUAACAAACCCAAUGAAAUAGUUACAGUUUAUAGUUAUGAUUACUGUGCCUGUAUAGAUGCAUCUAUAUACCCAGGAACAGUAAAUACAAUAAAAUAAUUUGGUUAUACCCUGAACAAAAAAUAAACUGUUGGGGCUCUUUGUUUUCUAAAUAGUUUGCCUCUUGGGUUGACCUUGCCAGAAAAGAGGAAAACAUGUAUCUUGAAGGACAAGGGAGGAGAAAAUUUCAAAUAAAGGCCAGAUUCUGUGAACAUUUGCCCUACCCACCUAUGCACUCUUGCCCAACAAUUCCAUUAAGGGAGAAAGUUAUGAACUCACCCACUUUAGAUAUUUGUAUAAAAGAAGAAAACUGUUCUGUUUAGUAUAUUUUAUCUGUAAAAUCAGAUCAUAAGUAAGACAAAAGGGGAUGUAACAGAAUUGAAACCUAUGGGGAGGCUAUGCAUCUGAUCAGUACCCACCAAAUAUUGUGAGGGAGUAUCAAAUUCACUGAUGCAAACCUGACCAAGGUACCUAGCUAAUCAGAAGUUCACCUUCCCCCUGGAUUCAGAAGCCCCUCUGGGUGGUGCAACUCAAAUCCCAGGUUCUUCCCAUGCAGAGGAACCAUUGGGUUCUGGAAAAAGCUUCUCCAGAAGAUAGAACUGAUCCACUUCAUCCUUCCUACCCUCCCUUCCUGGGUGGCUGGGCAGACAGAUGAGCUGUGUGUGUACCUUCCCAUGGAUGUUCAGAGACCCCACAUCCAAAAAGCAUCUGUCCUCCCUCUUCCUCUGAUUCCUUGGCAUUGUUCCCAUAAAUUCACAGGUGCAAAAUAAAAAUUUGACUUACUGAAUUAA